AUGCUCAACGAGAGCGAGGUUAGUGAUCUCUGGCAUAAUCACAUCCCAUGGGAAAGCGGGAUCAUCGCCAUCGACAAGAAAGAAGCUAGUGCAACGGGAUUGCCGGAAUCACAGGUGUUCCCAUGGGAUGAGGCAAAAGGAAUCUACAUCAUUAACGCACAUCACAUUCUGCAUUACAUCCGCAAUCUAUAUAUCUCCAUCGAAGAAUAUCGCUGCAGCCAGACUCAGAGUGUCGCCUAUCCUCAUAUUUUGCAUUGUCUAGACAGUCCAGACAGUCUACGGGUGGAAGCAAUGUGCACGGCCGACGACACGCCGCGAUAUAUCCCUCUGCAUGACGUCUCCGGACUCAAGCGUGGAGACGGACAGAAGCGAAUGUGUCGCGACGGGCACCAAAUGCCGGCCUUCGUAGAGGAUCACGAUCCCUGCUAUCGGUAUGUCUUUCCUCAUGAUAACACAGCGAAUCUUGAGAGACUCAAAUACUGUCCCAAUAGCUCGCGGUAUUUACCCAUGAUUCGUGAAUACUUUGGCUACGGCAAUGAUUGGCUACCAAGUCCAGAAAUGAGGGUGCUUUCAUAA